ACAGGGAAGUUUUAGCAUCUAUAUAAAAUAAGAAUCAUAUUCCCAUGUUUGUAGCUUUCAACUGGUGUUUUCCUAAAGCAUUCUUAUUCUGCUAUAAUUAUGACUAUGAGCAACGCAUACACAAGAAAAGGUACAUAUCGUUUGCUGUUCUUCACAAUAUUACUGACCUUGGUCAUCAGUAGAAGACAUGGCAGAAGAAAUCAUUCAGCUUCCAACAGUGAAGAAUCAUGCUCAAAUGGUAAUUGUGUUAAUGUAUUAAAAUGUCGAAAACUGUUACUGCAGAACCAAUAUCAUCUGUUGGAACAAGCUAUUUGUGGGACUGAGGGUAUCAUUCCAAAGGUUUGCUGUCCGAUAUCAGACGAAGUAACAACAGAAACAUAUGAACCAAAAGAACCAACUCCUCCCCCACUAACGGUUCAACCACCUAACCUUCCAAGAAGAUGUGGAUGGCAAACAGUUCCACUUAGAAAAAUCAUUGGUGGGCACGAGUCUUUCGUUGGAUCUUGGCCUUGGAUUGCUGCCCUCUAUAGAGACAAAAUACAACGGUGUGGUGGUUCAUUAGUCACCAGCAGGCACGUGAUAACAGCCGGCCACUGUGUCGUGAGUUCUGGUGGAGUACGGCACCGAAUUAAUACUUUUACAGUCCGAUUGGGUGAACACAACCUUCUGAGGGAUGAUGAUGGUGCUACACCAAUUAAUUUUUCAGUUAACUCAAUAAGAUAUCAUAACAAGUAUAACGGAAAGGUAUAUGCCAAUGAUAUUGCCAUAUUGAAACUAGAUGGAAGAGUUACAUUCACGGACAGAAUCCACCCGAUUUGCUUGCCGUAUAUGAUGUUAAGAAAUGAAGAUUUGACUACAAGGGAUGCUUUUGCCGCUGGGUGGGGCAAAACGUCAUCGAAUCCAUAUAUUGAUUCAUAUAGUCCGGUUCUACGAGAGAUUCGAGUGGCUAUUUGGAAGCAUAAACAUUGUGUUGAGGCUUAUAAUCGUAAUGAAACUUAUAUUACUGAAACGAACAUGUGUGCUGGAUAUGGAGACGGUGACAAAAAUGCCUGUGUGGGUGACUCUGGAGGUCCACUGAUGAUGACUGGUUCAGACAAAAACUUCUACCUUGUUGGGAUAGUGUCAUUCGGAGAUGCAAAAUGUGAUGCUCCAGGAUUUCCAGCUGUAUACACACGAGUGCUUUCAUUUUUAAACUGGAUUGCAUUGAAUCUUGUGUAGGCGAUGCUCCAGGAUUUCCAGCUGUAUACAGACGAAUGACUUCAUAUUUAAACUGGAUUACAUUGGAUCUUGUUUAGGUUCUGCGUUUUAGGACUUUGGCCAUACAAUAUUUUAGAAUGAAUACUGUUGACUACAGUAUAAUCCUAAUAAAUAACGUUAUUAGAACUAUAUUGCUGUUUAGUCUAUGUGUAUUACAAAAAGUACUAUGUUUUCUUUAAACCUAAUAAUCUUAGCACAAUAAAAACGUCAUAAAUAGUGUAUUUAAUCAAUAACA